ACGCAGACAUCGACAGUAACUGCUUUCAUGGAAACCCUCCACUAAUCUUCUUCCAUGGAAAAAAGGCGUCUUUAAUGAAAUUACUCAUUCAACUUUGAUAUUUUCUUAAAAUCAAACUAUCAUUAUUGAUCCUCAAAUAAUAUUGCCGAGACUCUUCUUGUCUUUAAAACUCUGCUUUUCCUUGACGGAUACGAGGAGACUUUGUGCACAUUCAAUCAAGGAUUGGCUAUUGUCUCGGCUACUAAGUUAUGAAUCUUAACCGAAAUAAAUUCCUGAGGUUCCAAGAUUCGAGUUCAGAGAAAUUUUAUAGUUGGAACCAGAGGAUUUUCCCUGAUGAUGGGUUUUAUGCAACAAAAGUUAGGCCUUUUUUUAGUGAUGUGUUGGAGGGUAUCCGGAGAGUAUAUGAAAAGGGUUCUGAUAGGAUAACGAGGUUGAAGAAACCAAUAAGCUCUCAUUUUUUGGGUGAUUAUCCUGGAAAGAAAUCAAAGUCUAAGAAGAAGAUCCUUGACCCACAAGAUCCUUUCCUUCAGAAGUGGAAUAAGAUAUUUAUACUUUUAUGCGCCAUUGCAGUGUCCCUGGAUCCAUUGUUCUUCUACAUACCAUUGAUCAAUGAUGACAAGAAAUGCCUUGAUUUGGACAGACCAUUGGAAAUUGUCGCUUGUGUUCUUCGUACGUUUGUUGACGUCUUUUAUGUGCUUCACAUAAUUUUUCAAUUCCGUACUGGGUUUAUUGCUCCAUCUUCUCGAGUGUUUGGUAGGGGCGAGUUGGUCGAUGAUCCUUUGAUCAUAGCAAAAAGAUAUUUGUCCUCGUUCUUCCUGGUUGAUGUUCUUUCUGUUCUUCCUAUCCCUCAGGUGGUAGUUUUAUUUGUUAUCCCAAAAACGAAAGGUCCAGUUUCGUUGGUCACCAAGGAUUUGUUGAAGUUAGUUAUCUUCUCCCAAUAUGUGCCAAGACUUAUUCGGAUAUACCCACUGUACAAAGAGAUAGCAAGAACUUCUGGGAUACUCACAGAAACAGCAUGGGCUGGGGCUGCUUUUAAUCUUUUUCUUUAUAUGCUAGCCAGUCAUGUAGUUGGAGCAUUUUGGUAUAUGUUCUCAAUAGAUCGAGAAAACAGAUGCUGGCUUGAUGCUUGCAAGGGCCCUAGUUGUAAUCCUACUUUUCUCUACUGUGAAGAUUAUCAUGCAGACCAACCUGUACAAUAUGCGUUCUUGAAUUCAUCAUGUCCUCUGCUUAGUCCUGAUGAUAUUGAAAAUUCAACAACCUUCAACUUUGGGAUAUUCAUUGACGCUCUGCAGUCUCGUGUUGUGGAAUCAAUGGAUUUUCCACAGAAAUUCUUUUACUGCUUUUGGUGGGGUCUGCGUAAUCUUAGUUCUCUGGGACAGAAUCUCAAAACAAGCACUUUUGUAUGGGAGAUUUUCUUUGCAAUCUUCAUAUCUGUAUUUGGGUUGGUCUUGUUUGCACUACUCAUUGGCAAUAUGCAGAAAUAUCUGGAAUCCACAACUGUUAGGGUGGAGGAAAUGAGAGUGAGAAUGAGAGAUGCAGAGCAGUGGAUGUCCCAUCGCAUGCUUCCUCAGGAGCUCAAAGAACGUAUCAGGAGGUAUGAGCAAUACAAAUGGCAAGUAACGAGGGGUGUUGGGGAAGAGACUCUUAUACGUAAGCUUCCCAAGGAUAUCAGGAGGGACAUAAAGCGCCAUCUUUGCUUGGAUCUACUUAGGCGGGUGCCAAUAUUCGAAAAAAUGGACGAGCAGCUCCUGGAUGCAAUGUGUGAUCGUCUCAAGCCAGUACUUUACACUGAGAAGAGCUUCAUUUUCCGUGAGGGGGAUCCGUGUGAUGAGAUGCUAUUUGUCAUGCGAGGCACUCUGGUUACUAUGACCACCAAUGGAGGAAGAACAGGCUUCUUUAACUCUGUUUAUCUCAAGCCAGGAGACGUCUGUGGAGAAGGGCUUCUUACAUGGGCCUUGGAUCCACAAUCCUCCAAUCUACCUAUCUCAACUAGGACAGUGCAAGCUCUAACUGAGGUGGAAGCCUUUUCUCUCAUGGCUGAAGACUUGAAGUUUGUGGCCACCCAGUUUCGCCGCCUUCACAGCAAGCAGCUCCAGCACACUUUCAGGUUCUACUCAGUACAAUGGAGGACAUGGGCAACAUGCUUUAUACAAGCAGCUUGGCGCAAGCACUGUAGGAGGAAGCUUAAUAAAUCCUUAUAUGAAGCAGAAAACAGGCUUCAAGAUGCUUUGGCAAAAGAAUCCGACGCAUCACCAAGCCUUGGUGCCACGAUCUAUGCAUCAAGGUUUGCUGCUAAUGCAUUAAGAAUCUUGCGUCAGAAAGGUGCAGGCAGCAGCACGAGAUUACCACAAAGAAUACUGCCACUGCUGCCUCAAAAGCCAGCCGAACCUGAUUUUUCCGCCGAACAUCAUUAGCGCAUAAUGAUUUUCACCAGCUUCUUUCAUUGUAAGUAAGUUUUGACUCACUGUAAAUUUGUGGUAGCACUAGCGUGCAGUUCUAAGCAAAGUUAAUUUGGUAUUUAUACUUGUAUUUGAUUGUCUUCAGUUGUACUUAGAGAGAACAGUUGGUUCUGUGUAUCAAACUUCCCAUAUCAAACGCAAUGUCUUCGCUGGGAUGUGUAUAAUGUCUUAAAUUAUUGGUUACUCAUGCUGCAAAGAGAAGCUCAAGAAGGAGCAGUAGUUUUUGAUA